AUGUCAUCAUCAUCGCCAUCAUCAUCACCAUCAUCAUCGUUGCCAUUAAUCAAUAAUUCUAAUAUAAGUAGUAUAUUUUUUAAAAAUAAUGAAAAUUCUACACCAUUAAUUAAAACAAAUAGAACAAUUAAAUGUUUUAAUCAAUAUAAUCAACAGAAUAAUCAAUUGAAUAUGAUUGAAAAUCAAUAUUUUCUUGAUAAUGAACAAUUAUACCCAAUGGAUUUAUCCAUUUUUAAUUGUAACUCAUCAUUAAUGAUGAAACAAUCAAUAAAAAAUGUGAUAAAAACAACUGAUGAACAAUAUAAUUGUCGAUAUUGUGGAAAAUCGUAUUCACUGAAAUCGUCAAUAAGAUUACAUGAAGCAACGCAUACAUUGCCAUUUCAUUGUCAAGAUUGUGGUAAACGUUUUUCACGUCCAUGGCUUCGUGAUAUACAUUAUAGAACGCAUACAGGUGAAAAACCAUAUGAAUGUAUUAUAUGUGGCCGACGUUUUGCUGAUCGUUCAAAUAUGCGCGCACAUCAACGUGUUCAUAAAGAACGAGAAUAA